CCAUAAUCGGUUAUAGCAACCUUGUAUGAUUUUCGGAGAAUGUGAAGAUUUCAUGACAGUGAAACGUUUUUCUCUCUGUUGAUUCAAACCUGUCGCGGACUACUACGUGAAGGCUAUUUAAAAGCAAGAUGUGCAGUAUGAUUGUAUUCGUAUGGGCUUAAAGACGUGAUAGGGACAUCUUCCCGAGGGCUCCUAUUCGCUUCCUGCGAAAUUUUCUCUCAAUUUCAUCCCGGACCACUGAAAACGAGACUGAUGGUGCCUCUUCUCUAGGGGCUGAUCAUUUGGGCUGGAAUUAAGUCAGGGAAGUAAUUGCAGCCGAAAAGACAGAGAAUUACAUCUCCCCCCCUGUCAACACAAGGGCAAGGCUCUGUCAAAGAUUCCCUGACAUGGAGCUCACUGAACUGGCCCAUCUGACCGGGGAACCUGCCGUCUGUCAAUCUGAUGUUAUAAGGCUAAAGUGAGGCGACUGGUGCUCCACUGCACACCCCUCAUGCAGCAGGGGACUAUGUCAAAGCCAAGGGAAAGCGUAUGGCUACCUAUUACUCUCUCACUGCUUGGCGUGAUGCGGAAUGUCAGUGUGUUCCUCUGGAUGGCUGCCUUGGCCCUGAGAUUCACUGUCACUCAUUGUCAACAAGCACAAUUCUCGGUCGUCACCACAAACUAUGGGAAACUGCGUGGAUUAAAGACCCCCUUACCCAAUGAGAUCCUGGGCCCUGUGGAACAGUACCUGGGGAUCCCAUAUGCUCUGCCCCCUACGGGAGAAAGGAGAUUCCAGGCCCCAGAACCCCCCGCCUCCUGGCCUGGCAUACGGAACGCUACUCAGUUUGCUCCAGUUUGUCCGCAGUACCUAGAAGACCGCUUCCUGCUCAGCGACAUGCUACCAGUGUGGUUCACUGCCAAUCUGGACACAGUGGCCACCUACGUGCAGGACCAGAGUGAGGACUGCUUGUACCUGAACAUCUACGUGCCCACAGAGGAAGAUAUCCAUGAUGAGAAUGGUCUGAAGCCGGUGAUGGUGUAUAUUCAUGGUGGAUCAUAUAUAGAAGGUACCGGGAACAUGAUCGAUGGCAGCAUCCUGGCAAGCUAUGGAAAUGUCAUUGUAGUCACCAUCAACUACAGACUUGGAGUUUUAGGCUUUCUUAGUACAGGGGAUCAAGCUGCAAAAGGAAACUAUGGAUUACUUGAUCAAAUCCAGGCACUCAGAUGGAUAAAGGAAAACAUUCAAGCUUUUAACGGUGAUCCAAAGAGGGUGACAAUAUUUGGAUCUGGAGCAGGAGCCUCUUGUGUCAGCUUGCUGACACUUUCACACUACUCAGAAGAUCUUUUCCAAAAGGCUAUUAUUCAGAGUGGCACAGCUCUGUCAAGCUGGGCUGUGAACUACCAGCCGGCCAAAUAUACACGGAUGCUGGCGGAGAAGGUUGGAUGCAACAUGGCGGACACAGUUGAGCUGGUUGAGUGCCUCCAAAACAAAAACUACAAGGAGCUCAUCGAGCAGAGUGUCACUCCUGCUAAGUAUCACAUUGCCUUUGGGCCUGUUAUUGACGGGGAUGUGAUCCCAGAUGAUCCACAGAUCUUAAUGGAGCAAGGGGAGUUCUUGAAUUAUGACAUCAUGCUGGGAGUGAAUCAAGGAGAGGGCUUCAAGUUUGUGGAUGGCGUUGUUGACAGUGAGGACGGCGUGCCUGGGAAUGAGUUUGAUUUCGCUGUGGUGGAUUUUGUUGAUCAUUUGUAUGGCUACCCAGAGGCCAAAUAUACUCUACGGGAAACCAUCAAGUUCAUGUACACAGAUUGGGCUGACAAAGAGAACCCAGAGACGCGCAGGAAAACCCUGGUGGCGCUCUUCACUGACCACCAGUGGGUGGCGCCAGCGGUGGCUACAGCCGACCUGCACGCCCAGUAUGGCUCACCCACCUACUUCUACGCCUUCUACCACCACUGCCAGAGCGACAUGAAGCCUAGCUGGGCCGACUCAGCGCAUGGAGAUGAAGUUCCCUACGUGUUUGGGAUCCCCAUGAUCGGCCCCACCGACCUCUUCAACUGCAACUUCUCCAAAAAUGAUGUCAUGCUGAGUGCUGUGGUAAUGACGUAUUGGACUAAUUUUGCCAAGACUGGAGAUCCUAAUCAGCCUGUGCCCCAGGACACAAAGUUCAUCCACACCAAACCGAACCGUUUUGAAGAAGUGGCCUGGUCGAAGUACAACCCCAAGGACCAGCUGUAUCUGCACAUCGGACUGAAGCCACGCGUUCGAGAUCACUACCGAGCCACUAAAGUUGCAUUCUGGUUGGAACUUGUGCCACAUCUACACAACAUCAAUGAACUCUUUCAGUACGUGUCCACCACGACCAAGAUCCCUCCCCAGGACACCACUCCCUUCUCCUACACCAAGCGCCUGUCUGGGAAGCUGUGGCCCUCCACCACACGGCACCCCGUCACCCCCAACACAAACAACAAGCAAGUCACUGACCAGCAGACGCCAGACAAGGAGGAGACCAGCGUAAUCAUUGAGACCAGGCGGGACUACUCCACGGAGCUGAGCGUGACUAUCGCCGUGGGCGCCUCGCUGCUCUUCCUCAACAUCCUGGCCUUCGCCGCGCUCUACUACAAGAAGGACAAGCACCGGCACGAGUCGAGCCGGCGGCUCAGCCCCCAGAGGAACCUCAGCAACGACAUCGCGCACAUCCAGAACGAGGAGCUCAUGUCCCUGCAGAUGAAGCAGCUGGAGCAUGAGCACGAGUGCGAGUCGCUGCAGGCGCACGACACGCUCCGGCUCACCUGCCCGCCCGACUACACGCUCACGCUGCGCCGCUCCCCCGACGAUGUCCCGCUAAUGACGCCCAAAACCAUCACCAUGAUCCCCAACUCGCUGGCAGCCAUGCAGCCUCUGCACCCCUACAGCCCCUUCAACUCACAGAACAACACCAGCAUCCCCCACGGACACUCCACCACCAGAGUAUAACUCAGCCGCAGACUGUGCCAUGCGCCAUCUCAGACUAUUUCGAUCUAAAAUAUGUACAGUAUAUAUCUGUGUCUGAGCAAAGACACAUAAAUGUUAUUUUGUUACGGAUUAUACUUAUGAAUAACAAAAAAGUGAACUUGACUAACAUUAAAAUAUAAAAGGUGAAUGUAGACAAUUUUUAGCAUUCGUAUCUUAUUUUGUGGAGAGACAGAGAGUGAGGCUCACUGGACUAAAACCCAAUAGAACAGGUUGAGUUUUCUCCAGUGUACUAAAGUGUUGAGACCACUAUUAACUGAGUGAGAACAGCGCUCUGUUUUCUCUCUCUCAGUGCCAUGAGGAUGUCAGUGUUUCAAUACUUUUGGAACAUCAAGCCCAAGUUGUUUACCUCUGAUGUGGGAGGAGUUAAUCAAGCGCCUGGUAUGCACACUGCAUGACUUUUAGAAUGGUAGAACCCAUGGUUUGGGUUUCAUACUGGACACUUCUACUUUUGAUAGCAAUCCUUAGGAAAUUACAAAGUUAAGAUGAUUUCUUUAUAAGAAUACCUGGGCAAUUGGCAAUCUAUGUGAUCCUUUGGGCAGAUCACAAGAAAACGAUCAUGUGUUGUUUGAGGUUUCUGUAGGAGAGAGGAUUGUAGACUUGCAUCAUCUUAAGAAAGUGAACAUUAUUUUUGCAUAUAGUCAUGUUAUGUUUAAUAUCAGAACAAUAUAUGUGCAUAACCCAGUAGAUGUGAUCAUUUGUAGAGCAAUGAUGCGGACAGAAUGUAGAUAACACAUGCUUUACACAUUUCAACAACAAAAUCAGGUUGUAGUGCAGUGAUAUCUAAUUCAUUUCUUUUUUCAUGAAGCGAUAGUAAUGUGAUUUCCCAGCCUGGACUGUAUAAUUUAAAUCUUUGUAUAAAAUGUGUAUAUAAUGGUGAGCACAAUGGCAAAACAAAAAUGAAAUGCUUUUAAUGUUGCUUUGCAUCAAAAUGUGAUUUAAAAGGGCCUGUGAUUUUUGAUCUAAUUGUCUGUAAAUGGCAGUGUCCCCACCCCCACAGAAAUCCUUAUUAUGUUUUAUUUGUUCUCUAUACCCAUAUUGCAUGAUUUUGUGAUUUUUUUUAUGCCAUCUGUUUUUCUUCCUUUCUAAAAAACACAGUGCUGGUUGAUUCCCAUUUAAACCAUGCUUUGUGUGUAUCAAUAGUUUUGAAGCUAUCCAGAUGGAUUACCUUUUGUUUUAUCUAAGGCAUCAAAAGGCUAAUCACUAGAUCAUAUGCAUCUUGAGAAGCAUCACAUUUUUGUAUUGGGAAUAAAAGAAUGUUACUUAAUUUAGUUAUUUUUGCCAAACAGUGUUGCUUCAGCAUAAAAUAAUUGCUUUGUAUAUUAUACAAAGUUGUAGUGAAUUGUGACAUCAGUAAUAGACAUGUGUAUAUAUAAAACAAAUGAAGUAUUACUUUUUAAAAAACAUCAAAUUUCAGGAUAAUUACUGUAUUCUUCUGAUAGUUUUUAAUUGACAAAGAUUAGAGUGAUAACCUGUGACUGAUAUCACAUCUAAAUGGUAGGCUUUCAGUGUCACACUGGACAAUUGGCGAACCUCCAUACUGUAACAUACGGUAUAAGUCAAGUGAGCUAUGUAGCUAACAAAAUUUCAUUAUUACUCAAUGUUAAGUGGCAUUUUAAAUGUUUGAUUGAUUUCCCACAUUAAUGUCAACACUGAGGGAAUCAGGGUGAAAUAUAAGAUAUUGUAUUUAAUUUUUGGUUUAAUUUCUCUUUUGGUUUCUAGGUGAUAUUGAUUGGGUUAACUUUGAGCUGGUCAAAUGUAUAAGACUGCUGAUUUUUCUAAAAUAAAAUAUCAUAGAUUUUA